AUGGAGUCUCCGUUGAUUUCGACUUUUGGUGAGCGCUUAGAGUCGUUUCCAAGCUCUACCGAGGACUAUACAAAAUUAAGACAUAGAGUCUCGAACAGGCUUGCGAAGCUCCGCCGUGCUCUCAAUAUCCAAACCAAGGACACCAAAAACUACAAGGCUAAAGAAAAGACUUCCUCAAUUAGUCCAGAGAAUUACGAAAUGGACCCAAGAUUUGGUGAUGUCCUUCUAUAUCUGGUUGAAAGAGACCUUGUGUUUGUGGAGGAGAUCACAUAUGGCCAGAUCGAGUACUCAAGAACCACAAAGACAUUGACCAUAUCUAAAUUGAAGAAAGCUCGUCAGCAUGCUAAGCAACUACUUUCUCUGUUGACGAACGAGCAAGACGAUCUCAAAGUGCUAGCAAUUUUAAUUUUAGCCAGCUAUGUUGAAGGUCGCUUGGCAUUUUCGCGUAGCAAAUGGACAGAGGCCGCAUUCGCUUUGUCGGUCGCUCGUUGCUCGUUGCAGUACUUGUCCCAGACGGAAGCCUCUGACUUGUACACCCAGAUCAUCGAGGGGUACAUUGAUUCUGAGCUGAAAAUUUGCGCGUUGAAGCUCGAGAACGACAGAAAUCCCGACCUGCUCCAAUUCUCAAAGACCUAUGCCACCAAAAACACCAUUACUUAUUUGAGUAAGGCUAUCGACAUUGUUACGACCAAAGAUGGAGAUGUUCUCAAGCCUAUCUCCAAGACCACACUGGUCGAUUCAGUUUCCUGGUUCGAAUUCAGUGCUCCAGUGAAAGAUUUAGAUCUUGCAAGAGCUAUUACCAAAGCACAAACCGAGGAAAAGAAUGUGGUGGAGACUGAUCCUGCAUCUUUUGACAAAUCGUUUUUGCUUUGGACGGAUGCAUCGAACUCCCACAAAAGCUCAUUGAAGGGCGGCAUAGAUUCUGCUGACGAUGAGAAUCAGGACAAGUAUGUGAUAAUGACGUACAUCGAUUACCACCAGCUGCUCCUUAGAAUUAGAAGAAAUAUUUCCCUACUCAACAGAGUGAAUGCGAAACUGAACAAGAAAAAAACAGUCUCAAAAGCUGCCUUUUUGGAGAACGCUAAGGAAUGCAUCAAACUGUACGAAGAUGUCAUCUCUUCAUUUAGAGAGCUCACAGAGCUCUCGGGUGUGGCCCAUAAUGAAAGUCUUUACUCUUCUCUUCUAUCUCUGCGAGCAUAUUUCUCUGCGCUGAAAACUUACAAGCUGGCCAAGUCUUACUUGAUAUCCCACAAGUAUGCAGAGUCACUCGCCUUGCUCAAUAAAACUGUGGAAACCGUCAAAGAAGCAAAACCAUUGGAGGAGGAGUUUGAGGGAGGCAUUCCAAACAACCAGGAGAUUGAAAAAUUCAAGUCUGAGUCCACUUCUCUGUUCACAAAAGUUCACGUUCUUACCGUUUACUUCACCAAAGAAAAUCACGAGCCUCUUCUUGGAGACUAUCUUAUCGAUAAUGUCGAUUCAUUUCCAGAUCUAACCAACGAAGAGUUACUUGCAAAAAUUGCCGAUCUCGAUGCUAGGGUGAAACCUGUGGGAGUGAAGCCUGUGUUGUUUGACGUCGCAUUCAAUUAUAUAGACUACGACUCAGAUUUAUCCAAGGUGACCGCCAGUGACUCAAAGUCGGACAAGAAAGCCGGCUUUUUUGGUCUCUUUGGACGCUAA